UACAUCGCUGUGCACAUCAUACCUGAUCAGAUGAUGUCCUUCGGGGGCUCCACUGAUCCCUGUGCGCUCUGCAGCCUUUACAGCAUCGGCAAAAUAGGAGGGCAGCAGAACAAGACUUACACCAAGCUCCUGUGUGAUCUGAUCUCUAAGCACUUGCAUGUAUCUGCAGACAGGGUGUACAUCAACUACUUUGACAUGAACGCUGCCAAUGUGGGCUGGAAUGGUUCCACCUUUGCGUAG